AUGCGGCACUACAACGUCAGCGGCAUCGGCGGCCGCCGCGUGAACCCCGACGACGGCGCUGUCGAGUACUGCGUGCAGUGGGAGGGCUACGACCGUCUCUGCGACACGUGGGAGCCGCGCGGCAACCUCGUCGCGUCGUGUGCGUCCCUCGUCGCGGAAGUCGAUGCCCGUGAAAGCGGCACGGCGCUCCGGCGCAUUGCCACGUGGGCGGGGAGCCGCGUGGUGCCGUCAAAGCGUGCGAGGGACGCGAGCCCCGCGGCGGAGAGUUCGUCGUCACCGCCGCUGCACGCCAUUGUCGUGCACCGCAGCAACAGCAAUAAUAGUGGCGGNGGCGGGGAGGCGUCGGUCGUGGCGUUGGGUGAGCGGGUGCUGACGGAUGUCGCCUCGCGUGGACUAAACCCGACAAAGAAGAAGAAGCCGCAGGGGCAGCAGGAGCACGAGCCGGCGUGCGACCCCGCACUGCUGCUGGAGAAGUGCUGGCGCGAACAGCACGCGGUCAGCUUCAUGCACACCUGCGCCAGUGCGGUGCGCCGCACGCCGGCGGCGCUCCAGUUUGAACUGGGCGAUGCCAGCGACGCAUGCCACGACGCGGGAAGUAUAGAGAUACACGGCAUCGCCCCGGCGGCGCUUGUGAAGAGCGGACAGGCGUACGGCGUAGUCACGAGCUUUGAACCGCUUAUUGGUUCUGAAGAGGCAGAGAACCUGCGGGCCCGCUGUAACUUCAACAGUGUGCUUGCACACACGACGCAGGAGCUCGUGCGGGGGCAGCGGGACCAAUUUGUCGUGCGCUACUUUCUCGCAGAGGGCAACGGAUGCAGCAGCAGCAGUGGUGGUGGUGGUGGCGGUGGUAAUGAAGACUGGGAACGCAACAUCAAGCUGUACAGUAUGCCACUAUCCGUCUUUCGUCGCUUCUACCCGCAGCUGCUGCUUGACUAUCUAUUGCGCCACGCUCUGGUGAUGGAGUCCCCGUAG